CAGCGAUUCCAGUAUGUCUGCAGGAAUCUGAGUAUCGCUGCAACUCUAUCUGCUGUUAUUUUAUUUUUGGGUUUUAGUUUGAACUGGGAAAAUGUCGGAUCAGGGGAAUGAGCAGCAGCCACAGGUUGAGGUGGUGGUGAAGGCAGAAGGUGAACAACCUUCAGCCUCCACUCCCCCUUCUCCACCUCUGACUGCUACUCAGCGGUUGAAGGAGCUGGAAGAACAGCUGCGACAACAACAGGCCAGAUUCGCAGAGUUGGAACAGCAGGAGGUUGUUGAGCUAGAGGCUGCAACAUAUCACUCCAGAAGAGAGUAUCUGUUGCAGCAGCUAGAGCGGUCGCUCUCUGAUGAUCGUUCCUCCCAGAUCACUAAACAGAUGGCAGAGAUGAUUUUGCUGGAGCACAAGAUCACCAGCUCCCAGUUCACAAACUGGGAUGAUCGUUUYGUGCGGCUGGAGCGUCGGGUUGACGAGCUGUCAGCUCAGCACACCAAGAUCCUGAAGUCCAUUAAGUGCUUGACUGCUCAGCUGGCAGCCGCCAAGCUGAUCACUCCUCAGCCCCCUCUGCUGCAACCCAAACCUUUCCCUCAUUCUUCACCCCCUUCCUCGCCAGGACCAUCUCAUGCUGGCUCUGUACAUUCCUCCCGGUCAUCUACCCCUUCCCAAAAGGCCUCAGCAAAGACCACCUAUGCUGCUGUGACUGCAGCAGACAGAGGUCCCAAGAUCCCUGCUCCCAACAAGUUCAGGGGCGAUGACUCCAAGACUGAUAUUGGGGACUGGGCUAUUGGGACCAGAGCUUACUUGAGGGGCUUUGUCUGCGCAGAACAGACCAAGGUGGCGACUGUUCUGGGACUGCUGGAAGGGCCUACAUUGAAGUGGGCCACUUCAACUUCCAGCAGCCUACAGCAGUCCAUGGAGGACUGGGCCUUUGGGUUGGGGGUAGACAGACUUCUGCAGGCCCUGGAGGAGCAGGUUGCAGACAAGGAGCAGGCCCGCAAGGCUGCUGACAGGAUUGCUCGCCGAGGACAGCAGCGGCAGCGGUACCCUACAGGCCUUGUUUGCUGAGUUCGAGCAGCUCACCUCCACCCCUUGGUUGGUCAUGGCACCUGACGAUUUGCUGACCAACUUUUGCAGGGCAGCGCCUGAGAAGU